UUUAAUGAAAACAAAAAAGCGUGUACCACACCGGAUUACAGUAGCGCGCGUAAAUUUUUCUAUGUGCCUUUGUAACUUAACGAAAGUUAGUGAAAUUACUCUUAACUUCGAAAAAUGGAUGAAACAGUAUUAUUUCCGUCGCCUAACUGGUUCCAAGUGUCAGGUUUAGCGGUGAGCAACGACGGUUGGCUAGCUUACGGCGGUCCAAGCAAAAGUCUUUGUGUCUUGAAGCCUGUGCCAGCUGAUGGGAAUGGCGUAGUUGAAGGCGCCGAGCAAUAUACUGCACAUGUCUUGAACAGAGCACAUCCUGACAAGAUUGUAAGUGUAGACAUAUCGCCCGAGUGGCCUGAGAAGAAGCUGGUGCUGACGGGAAGUGCUAGUGGCUCUGUAAAACAAUGGAGUUUAGAGGAUGCAAAUGGAGGAAUAAAAUUCAAAUCCAAUCUUAGUCAUGACAUCCACACUAAUGAGAAAGAGGAAAUAGUUGGUGUUGCAUACAGCAAUGAGGUGUAUGCGGUAACAGUGGGCAGUUUCGGCAACAUUGUGAAAUGGGACCUAAAUGCGAAUGUGGUAAAAACAUUCAACAACAUGUUAAAGACAUUCAAGCCAACAUGCAUGGCCUGCUCCCGUCACAUCACGCUCAAUGUGGCCAUUGGUACCAAGCAGGGAGUUCUGUUUGUGGUGGAUUUGAAUCGUGCUGGCAGCCUUAUCUACAAAGUUCGCAGCCAAGAUGACGAAAUCAUGAAUGUGAGCUGGUGUCCCCAAUAUGAAAUCCAAGUUGAGAAAUCGGUAGACGAAUCCCAAAGAACUGGCAUUGUUACUGAAAAACCUAACAAGUCCAAAUCGAAGAAGGGAGCGGCUCAGAAAGAGCCUCAAAAGUCUAGUGCCUCUGAUAGAAUGGAAAGAAUCAGGCAGCAACAAGACAUAGAAGAAAAGAAUACUUCUGGAAUCAAAAAGGAUCUUCCCCAAGACAGUUUUGAAGAUUUUGUAGUCGUUCCCGAAGAUGACAUGUUUGAUAUCUAUAAAGACCAUGAAGCAGAUGAAUUUGGGCACAAAAAAUAUGAACCUGAGGAUAUACUUGUAAAAAUCAAGGAACCCAAGGAACAGAAUGAUUAUUUGGCUGAAUGCUUGAAGCUUAAAGAUGCUAUACUAAAGAAAAAGAAUGAACCAGAGCCCUCAAUAGAGUCCUUAGUAGAGGCACUCGAGAAAAGUGAUAUAAACAGUGAAAGUGGUCCAAAAGAGUUACCUAGUGGUAGUAAGGUUAUAAGUGAGUCUAGUCAAGAAGAAACUAGUUGUAGUAGGGAGGAGCAAGAGGAAUCUACUUCUGUGUCUAGUGUGCACAUGCAUAAGCAUUUGUUAGCAACAAUUGGGAAACAUGGUGGUGUUCGCAUCUGGUCAAAGACGGGCAAGCUUGUGGCCAGCUGCGCCUUGACCGCCGGGAAGCAACAACAAGGCCGCUUCAGGAAUUCUUGGGCCACGCUGGCUUGGUGCCAGCCUGAGCUGCUGCUCAUAGCUGAUGGGAAGAACCAGUUGUUGGAGUGUAAUCCACUAAAACCUGAUUGCAAGAACAAGCUCGUAACGAAGCUGGUUCACACUCUGCAUAAGCGCGGGUUGCACUGCGUGGCCACCAACGCUUGGCGGGCGAGCGCCGCGCCCGUCGCUUGGAGCGUGUCGCAGGACCGCUCGCUCGUCCGCUACAGCCUGUGCGACCGCUCCACCACCGUGUACAACACGUGCGGGGGCUUCGUCUACAACGUGCAGUAUUGUCCGUAUGAUGUCAACAAGGUAGCGGUGAGCGUAGGCGACGGUGCCGUCCGAGUGUGGACGGCCGAGGAGGCCGAGGAGGCGGAGGGCAAGCUGUCGGCCGGCCGCGUCGUCACCUACUGGCAGCACGUGCAGGGGAAAGUGCUCACCGUGGCCUGGCAUCCUACUAGGGAGAACUUGCUGGCGUUUGGAACGGCUGAAUCUAGGGUGGGGCUGAUCGAGGCGGGCGCGGCGGAGCGGGCGGCGCUUGCGCUGGGCUCGGGGCCGGCGGGCGGCGUGUACGCGCUGGGCUGGGGCGCCGCGCGCCUGUACGCGGCCGCGCGCCAGGAGCUGCGGGCCUACUGCCACGAGCGACCAGACGAACCCGGGACGCCGGUGCCGGUGUGUGUGGAGGGCGCGGCGUGGGGCGUGAGCGCCGUGCGCGUGCGCGACGGCCUCAUGUGUGUCGGCAGCGACGCGGGCGGCGUGGCCGUGCUCCAAGAGGAAGGAGCCAGCCUGCUGGCGGCGACUUUCGUCGGCAGUAAAAUGAUACACACAAUCGAAUGGCAUUCGCAGCAGACGUCCUUCUCCAACGAGGAGUCUCGUCACAAGAAUUUAAUCGCAGUGUGCUCACAGGACAAGGCGAAUUCGGUCGUUAUAUUGGAGUAUGUCGAUAAAGAAGAAACCCACCCGAAAUUGGUUGAAUUCAAGAGGCUCACCGGACACACGAACACGGUCCUGCAAGUGGCUUGGAGCCCGCAUCAUGAAAUGAAACUGUUGUCCACUUCGCAUGACGGCACCGUGAGGGUAUGGGACGUGGAGGCGGGCACCUGUGUGUCGAUAUUCGGCGGGCACGGUGGCACGGCGCUGGGCGCGGCGUGGGUCGCGCAGCCCUCCCUGCCGCACCACGUGCUGUCGGGCGGCGCCGACUGCUGCCUGCGGCUGUGGGACACCCGCCUACACCCCGCCGAGGCCUACCGAGAAACGAAGGAAGAAGCGCCUAAGAAAGAUAAGAAAAAAAAGAAGGACAAAAAAGAAAUCAAAACCGAAGCCACCGAAGACACAGAAAUCGCAGAAUCUGAAAACAACGGUUUAGCAGCCACCUUAGAAUCGAAAGUAAAAAUUUCUAAGAAAUUCUUAUUGCCAACGAUCACCAAACAGAUGCAAAAGACAAAGGCGAAGGGAGCGAAGAGGAUGCUGCUUAAGUAUAUGGUGAAAAAGAAUUUGGAGACGGCAGUAGAGGAGACUGAAGAAUAUGAUCUGGAUUAUAUCAAGAUGUUUGGUAAUUCGAAGGAGGUUAAUGAAGUGUUUGACAUGGAGAUGGAGCACCACCUGCGCUCGGGCAACACGGAGUCGUGGCUGGUGCUGUGCGUGCUGCGCGGGCACAUCGACGCGGCGCUGCGGCUCGCCGCCGAGCGCGACCAGCUCUGCCCCUAUCUGCUGAGCCUCGCGCCCGGCGUCUCCUCCAAGUACUGGAAAGACGCGUCUAAAUCAUAUUUGGCUCAAAUUGAUCGACUGGUCGCUAACGGCGAGGAAGAUAAAUUAGUCGUGAACAGGAACUACGGCGGGCCCGUGUACCGCAAGGUGCUGACGCUGCUGAGCCUCCAGGACGUGAUCGGCGCCGUCAAGACGCUCGUCGAGAACAAACUGUACAAGGAGGCCUACUUGCUGUGCCGGAUCAGGUAUAUGGACACGAUUGGAGACGAAGUCCUACAGUCGUGGGCCAAGAAUUGCCUCCACUCCGGCGUGUUCGACAUGGCUGCUGUUUGCCACCUCGCUUCAGGGAAUCUGCUGGAGGCGGCGACGUGCCUCAGCAAAUGUUCCGACGCGGACAGCCUGCGCCUCGCCGCGGAGCUCGCGCGCGCCGCCGGACAGACCAUACUCGCAGACAACCUCAUAGGCAGGACGCUGAACACCGAGGACGUAGCGACGGAACUCGACAGGCUACUGCCUUCCAGGGCCGAGUUAUUCUUACGAGAGAUGCAGCGGAACGGAGGCCAACCAAACGGAGGCCAACCUAACGGAGGCCAAUCUAACGGAGGCCAACCUAACGGAAGCCAACCUAACGGAGAUGAGCGCAACGGGGGGGAUCAUGAUGAAUAGUUAGGCUGUUAAAAUACACCCAUGGCGUCUAGAACGCCAACUGCAUGUACACCCAGCUGCAAAAGUGCACGGCAAUUAAUUUCAUUCAUGUGUGCAUGCAAUUUUGCAGCUCGCUGACCCAUGUCAAUAUGAUUUUUAAAAUUGGAAUUGAAUUCUAGCAAGCUACAUCUAAAGUGAUAAAGUGACUUAAGCGCCCUUUAGAUAUCACUGUGAUAUCUAAAGGGCGCUUAAGUGUUUGUUCUUUUUUUAAUAUUUACAUUACACCGCACCAUAGUCGGCUAUAAAAACUGCUUAAUAUUAAGGAAGAUUCUGCAGUUUUACUAAUGGAUAUUGCAUGUGUCGUGGUACAAAUACAAUGACAUUAUUAAUAAUCAGCCUGUCAACGAAUACCUACCUAGCCUACAGCCUGGCAAAAAAGAGUAGAAAUUAAUAAGUGGAAACACUGUAGUGUCAUCCCGUUCUCUUAUAUAAAUUGAUUUGAAAGGGCUGGCUACAGUGUUGCCACUUUUUAAUUUCUACUCUUUUUUGCCAGGCUGUAGUUUCACUUCAGCAUCGAAAAUAAACAGGAAAGAGUAGAUAAAAUGGGACUAAAAGCGAACCACAGUGGAUACUCCAGUUAUCUUGUCACAACAAUAAAAUGGGACUACAAGCGAACCACAGUGGAUACUCCAGUUAUCUUGUCACAACAAUAAAAUGGGACUAAAAGCGAACCACAGUGGCAGUAUCUUGUCACAACAAUAAAAUUCUUGUAAGUUGUUAAUUUCAUUUUUUAUUUAACAAAAUAAUUUCUGAUAUUUGAAUCAAUUUGAAAAUAUUUAGAUUACGGUAUUGACUGCUGAUGUUGAAGCCUAGGGGGCCGAUUUUUGAAUUUCGAUCGCUCGAUUUCGACACUCGAUAAUCGGUGGAAAACGGCAAAAUGCUAAUUUUUGAAAUACGAGCGAUAUUAAUAGAAUUUAAACGCCUAGUAGUGGAGAUAUCAUUUAAAGAAAUAAACGAAAUCGAGAGGUCGAGUUUCAAAAAUCGGCCCCCAGCGCCGUUAUCAAUAUUAAUGUCUACUCUUUCUUGUGGGAUUGUAUAUAAACAUGUGCCCCAUAAACUGUUAUUCUGAGGCAAAAGGUACCUCUAUCGAUUGUUAAUAGUUUUGUUCUUAAUAACAAAGGAUAAGGUACAAUUUCCCUGAACAUGUAGAAAAUAUUGAGCAGGUAUCAAUUUUCUAUUUUAUCUGCCUUUGUUGAAAACAUAUGCGUAUUGUUGUAUUUAUGAGUUAUGAGCAUAUGGUAUGAAAUUCAUGUUAAACUGUUAAGGCAUUGUUUAA